AUGUUCCCAAGUCACCGCCAACAGGAACAGUCUCCCGCCACGGGUCCUUCAGCCCCCGUGGCCCGCGCCACCCGCCCCGUCGAGUACUGGCGCCAGGCAGCCGAGGUCUCCAUCGAGAAGAUCUCCAAGUUCACAGAUCUUCUCCACGACGCCCGGGAACAACUGCAGCAGCAGUGGAACAACCCCCAGCGCGAUCCCCGCUUCGGUCAAGAAUACCUCUACGGUCUUGCCGAGAUGGAGAUGGAGACCGAGCUGGACGCCAAGACCCAGAUGGCUUGGUGGUCGACACCGGACGCGCGCUGUCUGGUGGAGAGGGUCGUUGCGGCGGAGGCGGAGACGCGGGUUUACGAGUCUGUGGUGAGGGAGAUUGCGCGGGACCGUGAUGAGGGGGGUAUGGAUGGGAUCGAGCCGAGGGUGGUAGAGCCGGAUACGGCUAUGUGCAGCGAUCUGUACAAUACCCUGGAUAAGGUUCACCAGAAGGAGGUGAUGGGUGGGAAUGGGACUUUGCUGGGGGCUCUCGGGGGUGCGGAGGACUGGUUAGGGACAGGCUUGUGCAGGCUGAUGAUCUCCACAAAGAUUGCGUCUACGACCAGGCGACGGGUCUGCGGUUCUCGCACCAUCUUGUCGAGCCGGUUCGUCUCGUCCCAUACCGACUCCCGCCCGCUUUCUCCGCGGCCAUCUUCGGCGUCGCAUGCCAGUGCCUCGGCGGACUAUGAUACGCCCGCCAACGGACUCCUCCUGCACCACGCCGUUGCGCACGCUGUGGCUGAUGGCGCGUUGGCUGUUGUUCCUGCUCUGGGAGAUGAGCGUCAUGAGGCCUCCAUAGACGACAUCGACGAGUGGGAGAUCAGCGAACCAAAGGAGUACCGCUGGCGGGUGGUCGAUCCCAGCGCGACAUCCCUGGACGCGGAACUCGAUGCGUCGGCCUGUUGCGAUCCUCGUUGUGGGGGGGACAGCAUCAUCUCCACCCACAAGACUACCAUCUGUGACCUGGAUGGCGAGCGGUUGGUAUUCGACACCAACGAGGGACGCCAACACCACCAAACCCGCCCGGCAGUCAGGUAUCUCUAUUUCCAUUACCUGGUAUGCCACCUCCGACUCGCCUGGAGGCACGGAUACCACGACAACGCCCGACUCGAGGACCGCCCUGCCGAGUCGGUCCUGGGGUUGAAAAACUGGCAGCCGUUCUGGCCGAUCCAACAACCCCAGGACCGAGGGGUUCAGUGUCUCGCCCCGACUUGUCUGCUGGCCCUGGAGGAAGAGUUUAUCCACUGUGUGACGACGGAGGAUGACUCUCCUCGCACGUCGUACCUGUCGGGACACCAGCCAGACGAAGCGGACGCCGACAAAAUGGACGUCGAGCAAGAGCCUACGGCUCGUUGGUCGUACCCCAUUGUACCCUUGGUUGACAGCCGGGGGAGCAAGGCGAUAGAUCGGGCCGGGUUGGUUGCCAUGGCGAAGAUUGUGCAGGCGAGGAGGACGCUGGAGGAGGUGGAGGGCAUGGAGGACCCGGGCGGUGGGAAGGCGGGGGAGGGAGAACGACGACGAGGAGGAGAUGGGCGGGGUGUGUAA